GGGUCACCAGGCAUCAGGUCAUUUGGCUCGACAGCGGGCACCGCGUCAUCUGGCAAGGCAGUGGGCUCCGAGUCAACAGGCACGACAGUGGGCACCGGGUCAUCAGGUACCGGAUUGUCUGGCUCGACAGCAGGCAUCGGGUCACCAGGUAUGACAGCGGGCACUGGGUCACCAGGCAUCAGGUCAUUUGGCUUGCCAGCGGGCACCGCGUCAUCUGGCAAGGCAGUGGGCACCGGGUCACCAGGCAUUGGAUCGUCUGGCUCGACAGCGGGCAUCGGGUCACCAGGCAUCAGGUCAUUUGGCUCGCCAGCGGGCACCGCGUCAUCUGGCAAGGCAGUGGGCACCGAGUCACCAGGUACGACAGCGGGCUCUGAGUCAAUUGGCACGACAGCGGGCACCGGAUCAGGUACCGGAUCAUCUGGAUCAACAGCGGGCAUCGAGUCAACUGGC